CGGCUAAAUGAAAAUGGCAUCACCUACACCUUCAAUAGAAUCAAUACCUAGAGCAAGUUCAAUUGGAUCAUUCGGUGAUCAACACGACUACUUAUCAUUAUCGCCUUUGGCGGAUUCACCAUUGUCAGUAAGCGGCUCAUCGCCCCCAGUAAGUGACUCAGUAGACAGAGACAGUGAUCACUCUGAACUACAUUGUCAGCAGUGCAGAGAACCCGUCUCAGACCCAAAAUUGUUAGCCUGUUUUCACACGUUUUGUAACGCUUGUCUCGAAAAAAACAAACUCAUCUGUCCACGUUGCAAUACUGAAUCAAUCGAGGGCAUCUUAAAUAGCCUUCUCUUUAACACAGAUAACAGCAACGAUUUCCAUUCAGCUGCUGUCCGUUGCACAGGCUGCAAACAUAAGAAAUUAGACGCAGUCGCCCGCUGUGUCGAGUGUGCCAACUAUUUGUGUUCCAAUUGCGUCAUGGCACAUCAAUUCAUGCACUGUUUCGAAGGCCACAGGGUUGUUAACCUGCCGGAGAUUAAAGAUGAACCCAAAAAUGGAGUAAUCUCCAACGGUAUCAUGGGCAUCAUAUCCAAUACCGAAAAAAGUAUGAUCUGUCCUCGUCAUAAAGCAGAAUUGUUAAAGUAUUAUUGCCGCACGUGCGCCGUACCAAUUUGUAAAGAAUGUUUAGCUUUGGAUCAUCCCAUCGGGCUCCACGACUAUGAACACAUCAGCGAAGCUGCACCAAAACAGAUCGAAGCGAUUCAACACGCUGUAACUGAAGCAAAGAGCAAAGCUACCGAUAUCAGAAAUAUCCUUAAAAAUGUAGAACACGUUUCCAGUCGCCUCCAGAUUCAAUAUCAAAAAGCUCAAAACGAAAUCAAUGACACUUUCCUAUUUUACAGAUCCAUGUUGGAGGAAAGAAAGCAAGAACUUCUCAAAGAAUUAGAGAGCGUUUUUAGUGCAAAACAAAUCUCAUUGGGCGUGGCCACGCAAAAGGGCCAGGAAACGUGCGAACAAAUUUACAAAACCUGCGAAUUUGUAGAGAGACUGAAUAAAUGUGCAAAUGUUGUUGAAAUACUUAUGUUUAGAAAAUUAUUAGAUAAUAAAUUACAAGGUCUUUUAAAUUAUAACAUUGAUCAAAGCGUGCAAGCAGCAUGCGAGUUGGAAUUCGUAUCAAACUAUCAAGCCAUACAAGUAGGCGUCAGAAAUACUUUUGGUUAUGUGAGAUCAAACUCAGAGCCAGUGGUGGGUCCAAGCAAACAGCCCCCUAUCGCUAGACCUACAGGCGGUGGUGGUUCAAGCUCCAGCGGUAGCAGCGUCAACGGAAGUUCUGGUAGUCUAAACGGUGGAAUGAUCUGUUCAUUUCCCAUUUCCAACUCAAGUCAAUCUACAUCUCCUUUCGAAUCAAACAUAAUCAGCAAACGAUUCAGCAGUGCCAACAGUUUGGGUCCGUUUUCGACGACAAUGGGAGAUUUAAAUCUCAAUGGUAUCAACCCUUACGAGAAGUGGUCCAACGGCGGAACUACGGACAGUAUUUUUCAAAAUGGAACCGCCGAUCCAUACGCGCUAAGCGGUACCACCCAUAAUGACCCCAUGCUAGAUCUGACUUCUAAACUCAUGUCGACUGCGAUCUUUCCCCCGAAAUCUCAAAUAAAACGACAAAAGAUGAUUUACCAUUGCAAGUUUGGAGAAUUCGGUGUUAUGGAAGGACAAUUUACCGAGCCCAGCGGAGUAGCCGUGAACGCCCAAAACGACAUAAUUGUUGCCGAUACGAAUAAUCACAGAAUCCAAAUCUUCGACAAAGAAGGCCGAUUUAAGUUUCAGUUUGGCGAGUGCGGUAAACGCGAUGGACAAUUGUUGUAUCCCAAUCGCGUCGCUGUAGUGCGCACAUCCGGGGACAUUAUCGUUACAGAACGGUCUCCGACACAUCAGAUCCAGAUCUAUAACCAAUAUGGUCAAUUUGUUCGUAAAUUUGGAGCAAAUAUCCUCCAGCAUCCUCGUGGUGUUACCGUAGACAAUAAGGGACGAAUCGUCGUUGUGGAGUGCAAAGUUAUGAGAGUGAUCAUCUUCGAUCAAACCGGUGCGGUACUCCAGAAAUUCGGCUGUUCGAAGCAUUUGGAAUUCCCUAAUGGUGUUGUCGUGAAUGACAAACAAGAAAUCUUUAUCAGUGACAACCGAGCUCAUUGCGUUAAAGUAUUCAGCUACGAAGGAGUCUACUUACGACAGAUCGGUGGAGAAGGUAUCACCAACUACCCUAUCGGAGUAGGCAUAAACGCCAACGGAGAAAUCCUUAUCGCAGAUAAUCAUAACAACUUCAACCUGACGAUUUUUACCCAAGACGGCCAGUUGGUGUCUGCAUUGGAAAGCAAAGUCAAGCACGCGCAAUGCUUCGACGUGGCCCUGAUGGACGACGGUUCCGUGGUAUUGGCCAGCAAGGACUACAGGCUCUACAUAUAUCGUUAUGUGCAGGUACCUCCCAUCGGCCUGUAAACGAACGUUUCCUCCAGGCAGGGUCUCCAGCCGCCAUUCCCAACACUUUUUGUUGAUGCAUUUUUGAAUGGAGUGGGCGGAUGCUGGUCUGUUAAUUAUAUUAUUUUUUAAAGUUGUCAAAAUUUUCACGAUAUUUAUCGUCAUAGUUUUGUACUGUAUUUCACAUGUUGAUAUUUUAAUAUUUAACGUUUGACGAUGCGAAGCUGAACAGUCGCUACUUUGGUGGCCUGUCGCCAUGUUGUAUGACCAAAUUUAUCAAUUUUUAAAACAGGGAUUUUAUUAUUAUUCAGAUUAGAAAUGUUAACCAAGCAUCGCACGGUGCCUGGGCCAUUGUUGUAAUUUAAAUUUGAGCAGUUUCCGAUGAUAAUGAUCUAUUUUAAUAUGCGUGUAUGAUGUUGUGUAUGUUCUUAGAAUAGAGCCUUGUUGUUUGCGGGAUGCCGCGUUGUUACGGACCCUAGUCAACCAUAUGAACUGUACUUUCAAUUUAACAUAGUAGUAUCUCAUUUUUAUUAUUAUUAUCUUAUUAUUAUUAUUACGAAUAAUUGUUCCCUCUUUUCCUGUGGAUGUUUGUAUACUAUAGAGUGCCGUGCCACUCGGGACACACCCCGUAGUUGGCAAUUUGUUUUUUACGUUUAUGUAUUUUUAGUUUUGUUAUUCACAUUUAAUAUUAGAUAAUACUACGUGUGUGGUGCAUGCGACAUCUUUCCACCAUCUCUUAUUUUUUUACUUAGUUGUAGGUUUUUGUAGUAAUAUAUUUGUUUGUUGAUGCUGCCAAGUUUAAGAUAGAGGACGUCGAUUCACUACACAAAGAUCGGCGUCCUAGGGCGCCAUAAGCCUUUCAAGACUAUAUACUUAGUAGCUAGGUUUUUCGUUCAUUAUUACUCUUGUUAUCUCGAGGCGAAACCAUGGACAAUAGCUCAACAGUUAAUUAAUCUUAAAAAAAUAUCCAGUCAGCGGUAACCUUGUUAAGAUGUUUCAAUUAUGAUGACCAUAUUAUAUAAACUAAGUGACAAAUUCCAAUUCAUCCAUCAAAUACUGUCUUAUUCGUUACGAGAUCAAUUUUUUGUAGCACUCUUUUUAACUAUUUCUUGUCUGGUGUAGCCAUCACCUAUUCCUAUAAAAACUAAACCCUAGAUUCAGUGACAGUGGAAUUGAAUAAUCGGUUAUCAAACAAAAAUAUUUUCACAUUUUUGACAAGAAAAAAGUCCCUUUUCCAAGUAAGCACUUUUCCUAUAUUAUUUUGUUUUAAGUUUAAUAACAGAUUUGAUCAUUGACCUUGCAUAUAAAACUAAUUAGUGUAGUAUAACCUUCUGAUGUAACAACUUAAACAAGGUUAACAUAAAAACUAAGCUGACAGGGCAUUUUUUCGAUAUUAUAGUUGAAGACAAUUGGGCAAAAUAUCCUGCAGACUUUAUUUCGCUUUUAUUUUUGUUUUGUUUGUUUUUAUAUUGAUAACAAUUUGCCACCACAUGACAAUUUUUUAUUUAUUUUAUUUAUAUAUUUUAUAUUUAGAAGUUGUAAGUAAAUCGAAUGUUUUGUAGUCAGAAAACGGUUCUACGUAGGAAUUACACGCCACUUAUUUAAUUCCAACCUUACAUUACUUGUAGAGUUAAAAACGCAAUCAAUCCUUAAACCUAGUUUACUUGAAAGAUAUAUGUUGACAUAGUCCGAAUAUGAGCCCACACCACAUUUACAUUGAUGUAGAUUAAUGGUUUUUGUGUUUCGGGCCCUUCAGAAUGUGCCAACGUAUCUUCAUAAACGGUUAUAUAUUAGCUUAAAACAAAACAACAUGCAAAUCAGUCGCUUCCUUUGACUCACAUGCGUGAACGCUCGACAAAGGAAUUAUUACUGCAACUUUGACACGAUUCAAAAAUUUGUGCUUUGGAGAGAAGAUAACUUGAAUACCAAUUCUUAAAAGUCUGAAAUAGAUUUUAGUUUAAUAACGUUCAAGAACAUUUUUUUUUAUUUAAUGACUUUGGUAUAUACUUCUAUUCGAGCCAAAUGGAGUCGUGGAAUGCAUAUGAUCAAGUUGAAUAUCAAUUAGUGUUUUAACAAUAACUACACUGAUUUCUGGAACGGUAAACUUUGACGUGAUUGGAAAAAUCGAUUAGGGAUUUAAAAACUAUAUCACUUGGACAUGUCAAAGAACGUAAGUCAGUUAUCAAAUACCACACCGUUGAAGGAUACAUAAUAACUUCACCCUAACAGCUACACAAAACAGCAAUAUGUGCCUAUUAAAUAACUGAUCAUAAAUAUACAAUGAAAAUAAUUAAAAGCUCAUUGAUAAAAUUGUACUUUGAAACUUAUAAUAAUGUGAUAGAUCUGAGCAGCAGCGUUUAUUUUCAAAUGGAUUUAGAAUAUUUAAUCCCACCGACUGCGCCAAUUUAUAGUGUACAUAAAACCUGAAUAAUUCUGAACAUUUUUGUCUUACAGUACUAGUAGGUUGGAGUUAAAUGAAUGUUAGAGUAUUUUAUAGUGUAGAUAAAUAAACUAAAGAACAAUUUUUUUAUCAACAACAUCGAACUCCAUGGUUUCAUCUCGACAGAACUUCAAGUUUUUUAUGAUAAUUUAUCUUAUUUUUAUUUAAAUUAUAUCAUUGUUGUUUUUUGAGAUCAGAGGCGAUCUAAUUCGCUAAAUGUCUUAAAAGGGGCUGAGAGAUCUCAUCCCGUACCAGCCCUCGAAGAGAACCCUGCGGCACCCGGUUACUUCGCACAAUUUCCGUCUCUCGGUUCCCAUCUGACAAGUGUUGUAUAUGUUGUUUUAAAGUGUCUUGUUCAGAGCCACUCUAUUUUUUCUAUUGUUCUUAGACGUCCUUGGAUGGGUACCUUGAGAAACGGAAAUCUUAGAACGACCUCGGUGCAACAUGGCGCUCAGUUUUUAUUACUGCAUUUUUAAACUUGUUGUUAUUAUUAUAUUAUAUUACUUUAAUGGUAAAAAAUUUGUUCGUAAAUUAAAUGUACAUUGUUUUGUUUUUCUUUGAUUUUUUGUUGUAAAUGCUUUUUUUAAUUAAUAAUACCAUUCUUGCAGUUUUCA